AGAGACACCCGCGACUUUCCGGAUUCUGAAUGAGACGAGAACCCAACAAAACCAAUCGAAUCCAACCCAACCGGCCAGAAAGGGCAGGGCCAAGGGGCGAGGCGUGCACCUUUUUCUGUCCGUCGUGACCCGGAUGGGGGCCCAACUAGGGACCCCGUCGGGGAAGUGGAGGCACUGGGAGGACGGCUGGAAAAGGCCAACCAAAGAGCUGUUCACGGUCGUCGGGCAGGGCCUGGGAAGGUCAAAGCUCUGGACCCCGGGCGGGCAGGACAAUCAGGGACCCCAGGGUCCACCAGGGACCCCAGGAACUCCAGGAACCCCAGGGAAGACCAGGGAUUCCCGCGCUACGUUAGUGAAGAGAGUGCGUUCUCCUGUCAGCCCCCGGGGAGCUGGGAACCGAGCCUCUGGAGAAGCGGCCGUCAGAGCUCUUCCGUCAGUCGAGGAGGUUAGGCGGCUUAGGACUGCACGACAGGGAACCCUGACAGGAUGCGAGCCCCAGAGUUGCUGGGCCACGCCGAGAUCCGCAGAGCCUAGUUCGGAGAAACUGGGGAUAACCCCCGUAAUGACACGCUAUUUCCGCGUGUUGCCGGCCCCCAAAAGUAGCUCUCGCUCGCUGGUGGUCUCCCGAAAGGGACAGAACCGUGACACCGGGGAAAAACAGGCGGCUAACAAGUUUGUCAAGUUGGCUGAGGACACCAGUAAUUCCCUUCAACCAGAUGUUAAUUUCAUACAUACUUUUCUCAAGCCAGAGAAGCUAACAAGGGUUGAGAAGAGGUUUAAGGGAAGAGCAGUAAUGGAAAUGAUGAAGCUGGACAAAGAAAUCAAAGAAACUCAAACUCGGCUAGAACCCUUAGUGGUGGAAACCCGGCAGCUACUGGAGGAAAAAGAUCACAUACAGAAGGAAAACCAGUUCUUUCAGGAAUACCUGACCAAGCAAACAGAGGAGUCUAGACAGAGAACUGAGAAGCUGUGGAACUACUAUCUACAACAAAGCAUGAAGAUUGAACAAAGAAAACAAGAAUUAACCUCCAAAUAUGCGAACAAAAAUUCAGCACUUAAAAGAGAGCUCUUGGAGAAGGAAAACACUCUAUCCAAUUUGAAUAAGCAGUUGGAGGCAAUGAGGGACAUUUCAGUGAUAAAGGAAAAACAGGACAGAGAAAUUGAGAAACUUCAGCAGGAGAUAAAGAAGACCCACGUUGAGACCGCUGCAAAGAAACAGGCGAUGCUCGUCCAGUUCUUCCAGGACAAAGCAUUACUGGAGGCACAGCUGAGUGAGCUAGAGGCAAGGCAGUCGGGAAAGAAGCUAACAAAGGAGCUGAAAAGCAAGAACCAGGCCUUGGAGAAGGCAGCAAAGCAGCACGUUUCUGAGUUCCACAGUAACAUCAACAGACAGCACCAACAGUUACAGAAAGAACUUCCAGAGCUAGUUCAGAAAUGCCAUCAGUUGGAGGAUACUCACAGCCAAUUAAAAAAGAAGCAGCAGCUGCUGCAGCAGGAGCACUGGUACGUGGAGUGCUUAAGGCGAGGGAGGCAACAGCUGCAAGAAAGGCGUAAUCGGUGCCCAAAUGGACAGGGUUCUCCAAAGACCACAAGGAACCCUGCCCUAGGCACCAAAUCAAAGGUGCAUCCGAAGAAAUUUCUAAAAUAACACUAAGUCAAGACUGGAGCAAGGAUUCUUAGGUGCUAUAUAACAUAACCCUGGUUAGGAAGGCUUUGAGAUCUCAGGUUGCUAUAGUAAAAUACCCAUUAUAAUGUGUUAAUGUGAAGGAUUAGGUGUUUUUCUCUACCAGUACUGCUAGAUUAUUGGUAGCACUGGCUUCCCGUUAAGUUAGGUUUUUCUUUAAUUAGCUCCUGGUAAUAACUGGGCUGUUCCUUAUACCUCCAGAUAACCCAGUAACAUUUGCCAAAAACCCACCUGUGAAAACACCUCAGGAAAACACCUUGAGAAAGUGACAGAGGAACAGUUGUGUGGUGUGUUCCACCCAGCUAAGUUAGGUUUCUUUACAGAAAAAGAAACCCCUGAGGAAUAGCAUUUCAGAUUGUUAGAUUCUGCUUUGUGCUCUGUAAACAAUCAAUGUCCAUGUAUCCUCCCUUCUUUGGCCACCUUAGCACACACGUGCAAUGUUUUCAAGCUUCUUUAUAAAGUCUGCUAGUGAUCAAGUAGCUGCUUCUGUAGUUUUCUCAUGAUUGAAAGAUUAAUAACAGCAAGUGUAAACAGGAUGACCUGCUGUCUGAUGCUCAGCCCAUACAAUUUUAACUUUGAGUAAACUGUGUGAUGUUAGUUGCUCAGUGGUAUCUGACACUUUGUGACCCCAUGGACUGUAGCCCGCCAGGCUCCUCUGUCCGUGAAAUUCUCCAGGCAAGGAUUGGGUAGCCAUUCCCUUCUCUAGGGGAUCUUC